UAUAAAAUCAAAAUGAAAGGUUUAUUUUGAUGUAAUCGUGAAAGAAAAUAUAAGAUUUGUUAAAAAACCUAGGUUAAAAUUAACCUUCUUAUCUCUGUGAAAACAGAAAUUUAUAAUGAUAUAUUAUUGAAAAUAACAAGGUGGCAGAGCAUUUUUACUUUAAAAAAACUUUAGAUAUAUCAGUUUAUUUUUCAAAACUUUAAUGGAGAAAACAAUAAAACUUUUGCAUUCUGGAGUCCGUAUAUUUUCAAGAGGAUACCGGACGUUUGAUCAAUUUGUCCCUGUUUUCAAGAGAGGUUUCGACUAUUUGGAUCGCAGGGCGAUCGAAGACAAUCUUGGGGAGUAUACUUACGGAGGCCUUCUUAAAGUCUCGCUCAAACUCUCGAAACAGAUAACCAGUUUACUCGAUGAAAAGAAGCAAGAAAGGGUUGGAUUUAUGUGUUCGAAUGAUGCAAAUUUUGUCAUUGUCAAGUGGGCACUGUGGAUGAGUGGACAAAUAGCUGUUCCACUGUGUUGCUUCCACCCCACGGUUGCCCUGGAAUAUUUCCUGGAUGAUUUGGAUGCAAGUUUGCUUAUAGCUGCUCCUGAACACGCAGCCAGGGCUAAAGAUGUUGCAGCCAAAACAAAAACACUAGUUCAUAUAAUUGACUGUAAUUUAAAAAAAGAAGCCCUUAUAAAAUAUUUGCCUUCAGCCAACAGUUGUGACACUCCAGUGAUAGAUCCAGAGGAUUUUAAAGAUCUCAAAGAGACCGAUUUAGGCCAAGAUGACAGUUUUUAUAAAAAUAAGGAUGCUAUGAUUAUUUACACAUCUGGUUCAACGGGAGCACCCAAAGGAGUUAUUUUCACGCAUGCCAACCUUCAUGCCCAAGUACAAGCAUUGGCUGAAGCAUGGAAACUAAGCAAAAGAGACUGCUUACUGCAGAUCAUGCCCAACCAUCGUGGACAGAGCGUUGUGCUUGGAUUCGAUGCUCCUUUGAGCAUUGGUGCAAGGAUUGUUUUACUAAACAAAUUUGAUCCAGCAGAUGUUUGGUUGCAACUUCUAGGGGUAAGAAAACGACCGGAAACACGAGUGAACAUGUUCAUAUCCCAUCCCCACAUGUUUCUAAUGCUUAUUAGAGUGUACGAGAACGUGUUGAAACAUUCGGACAGGAUGAUUGACCACAUAAGGACCACUUGCCUCACUAAGGUGAGAUUAAUGUCUUGUGGGUGUGGGCCGGUUACUCGUUACAUAUACGAUACGUGGGAAGCUUACACCGGACAUCAAAUUCAAGAGAGGCUCAGCAUGGCCGAAACUGGUAUAAUAAUGGCGACUCCUCUUCACGGUACAAAAACUUGUGGCACUGUCGGUUUACCGUUGCCCGGAGUUCAUGUCAGGCUCACUUCCGAAAAAGGCGAUGCACUUAUUGCUGAAGGAAGUCAGUCAGGGACUAGAGUCCUUGGUGUUUCUCAGCCUGUUUCAGGCAUGCUCCAGGUCAGAACAGAUGGAGCUUUUACCGGUUAUUGGAGGAAACCGACAACCACACAAGACGUCAUGACAAGAGAUGGCUGGUUUAAAACUGGUGAUCUUGUACAGUAUUCAAGGGGUGUAUAUAAAGUUCUUGGGAGGCUUACGACAGAUGUGAUCAGGAGCGGUAAUAAUUAUUUCUCGACACAAAUGGUUGAAGCGAUAAUGAGAGAUCAUCCUGAAAUCAGAGAUGCUGCUGUUAUCAAUAUAAAAAAUCUUACAAGGGGAGAGUAUGAAGUUUACGCUGUGGUCAAAUUAACCGAACAAAGCCAAAUGAGCAAGGAUAAACUUUUGUCCUGGCUCUCUGAUAAUCUUCCAAAAUUUGCGAUUCCGACAAAGAUUCAGUUCAUCAAAAAAAUCCCUAGGACCUGGCAGGGAAAACCGGACAAGGAUCUUGUUCAAGCCUUAUUCAACGGAGAUUCGAAAUUGGAGGUCCCAUGUGAAAAAAAUGCUGCCACAAAACAGAAAAAUUAACAAUGACUAUCAAUAAAUG